AUGGAAGGCACUCACUGCACCCUCCAGCUGCAUAACCCCAUCGCUGAACUCUGCUAUAUCAGCUUCUAUCUUCCAAAAGGGGAAGUCAGAGGAUUUUCAUACAAGGGCACUGUAACUCUAGACAGAUCCAAUAACGCUUUCCAUAACUGCUACCAAGUCAGGGAGGGGCCAGACAUCACCAGCCUCAGCCAGCAGCCGAACGAACAUCCAGGCGACAUAUUUUUCAAACAGACUCCCACAAAAAACAUUCUAACAGAGCUAUACAAGCUCACAGCAGAGAAGGAGCGGCUGCUGGACAGUCUGCUGAGGUCAGACAACAUCCUCGGCAUUUCGAUGGGGAACCAGGAGGGGAAAUUGCAGGAGCUGUCAGUAAGCCUUGCCCCCAAGGACGACUAUUUCCAGAGUGUUGGCAACUGGAGCAGAGAACUCCCUGUGAGCUCUCUCAUUAGGAGGAGCACCCAAGAAAGCAAAAAGCCCCGGAAGUCUGGCAGGAGGAGAGAGAGCCUGGAGGAGCUCCGGCAGAAGAGAACCAGGAGGAAAGGGCGUGGCUGCCAAGAGUCAGCUCUUCAGAUGGGGAAGGACCAGGUCUGUUCCAGUAGCUCCCUUUCUCCUCGAGCUAGGCCUAAUCUCCGGCUCCUAGAAGAAAGAGGAAAUUUAGUUCCUCAGGGAACACUUACCUCUUCGCUACGGAGAAGAGAGAGCUGCCCUGCCAACAUCCUCAGGACAUCAGAUGCAGACCUGGGUUUUGGAAACUCUGGGAGGACCUCAGAGGAUACUGAUCUUAAAGGACCUCUGUUCCCUGACAGCAGUCCCACCCAGGUAGGAGAUGCUGAUAGCGGAGGGCAACUCAAGACUUCUCACCAGCAGGAGCCUCCACAACCAAAUCUGUCUGAAACUCAUAGGAAACAUCCAGGGGCAGAGAGGUGGGGCAGCGGGAAUCGGAAGUCAAAGUCAUUGGAGCGGACUUGCAGUAAGAAACCUGUUUCCAAAGUGGUGGCCAAGGUCCAGGAACCAUCUACUCCAGUAAAAAGAAUAGUUAGGGUGCAUCAUGAUGGCAAGGGAAGAGUUGCCUUCUGUCCAGAGACCCAAACUGAGUUUAUCCCAAAAGCUGACUUUCUCACCCUCCCAGGAGGUGAGGCUGAGACUCAUAGUUCCAGGAGGCUGGGGGAGGAGCAGCAAGGGAUCAAGUCAUUGCGGUCCUCAGCCACAGAAGGAGCCUCCAUUACCAAAGAACCAGCCAGCACGGAGGCGGCUGCUGUGAACAAAGUUCUCCGCAAGGUGAUAGAGAGUGAGAAGUUAGACGAAGCCACUGAGGGGAAAAGGUUAGGCUUCUCUCUCAAAACAAGGGCCACCCACACUUUCCCAGAAACUAGAAGCCAACAAAAGGCUGGGCUACCACAGAGUGGCCAUAAAUUCUUGCUUCUGGAUCUGCCCCACACCGUAGGUCCUGAUUCCCCACAACCCAAAUGCAAUGAGAAGAAGCCAACCCCCCAGGCUCCAACAGCCCUCGGCAUGGUAUUUAAUAAUUCAUCGCCUCAGUCCAGCGCACACAAACGGCUGUCACCUGUUCCCUCGCCUCUGUCUCCCAGGUGCCCCAGCCCACAGCAGCACCAUAGGAUCCUCCCGCUCCCUCCACUGCCUGGUGAGGGAGAAGCUGUUUUUAAUGAGUACACUAGUAGAAAGACUGGUGUCUCCUCUGGGUUCCCCUCUGCAGACACCUUGGAGCCAUCAUCUUCUACGAAGGUCACGGAGACCAAAGGAGCCAGCCCGACUUCCCUCAGAGCAAGCCAAACUUGGCUGGUAUCUGAGGAAACUUCCGAAAAAAGCUUGGGGCCAGAGAAGAUCACAGCUCCGCCCCAGCACCAGUUGCCACCAGGUAUUGCCUCUGACGGCUUUCCCUGUGACAACUUCAAUGAGCAGACAGCAAAAGACCUUCCCAAUAAGGAUGGAGGGGCUUGGGUCCUGGGUUACAGAGCUGGACCACCCUGUCCAAUUCUGCUCCAUGAAGAGAAAGAAAAGACAAGUAGAAGUGAAUUGUACUUGGAUCUCAACCCUGACCAGAGCCCCACAGAGCAGGACGACCGGACUCCAGGCAGACUCCAAGCUGUCUGGCCACCCCCAAAGACAAAGGACACAGAAGAAAAAGUGGGACUGAAGUACACUGAAGCAGAAUACCAGGCUGCUAUCCUACAUCUGAAGAGGGAGCACAAAGAAGAAAUCGAAAACCUGCAGGCUCAGUUUGAACUCAAGACAUUUCACAUCCGGGGUGAGCAUGCAUUAGUAACAGCAAGACUUGAAGAAACUGUUGAAAAUCUCAAGCAACAGUUAGAAAAGCGCCGGGGAGGAUGUGAGGAGAUGAGAGAUGUGUGUGUUUCCACAGAUGAUGACUAUUCUCCAAAGGUCUUCAGAAACGUAUGCAUCCAGACAGACAGAGAGACCUUCCUCAAGCCCUGUGAUGCUGAAAGCAAAACAACCAAAAGCAGCCAGAUAGUACCCAAGAAGCUGAAUAUCUCCUUAACCCAGCUCUCUCCCUCAAAAGACAGCAAAGACAUCCAUGCCCCACUCCAGACAAGAGAAGGCAUCUCUUCAUCAAGUCAGCAGAAGUUAUCCCCUUCCGCUCCUCCCACACCACCACCACUCCCUCCGCCUCCCAUCCCUCCCCCUCCGCCUCUCCCACCUGGACUUGGACCUUUGCCACCAGCACCACCCAUAUCACCUGUGAGUUCUGGGUCACCACUGCCACCUCCGCCACCUCCUCCUCCACCUCCUUUGCCUCCAAGUGCUGGACCACCCCCACCUCCUCCUCCACCACCACUUCCUAAUGUCCCGGCUCUUCCUAACAGUGGAGGUCCUCCUCCUCCUCCUCCUCCCCCACCUGGACUGGCACCUCCACCUCCUCCUGGACUGUCCUUUGGACUCAGCUCUUCUUCCAGCCAGUGUCCUCGUAAACCAGCCAUUGAGCCCAGCUGUCCCAUGAAGCCUUUGUAUUGGACUAGAAUACAAAUAAAUGAUAAGAGCCAAGACGCCACACCAACUUUAUGGGACUCCUUAGAAGAACCUCAUAUUAAGGACACCAGUGAAUUUGAAUAUUUAUUCUCCAAGGACACAACUCAACAGAAGAAAAAACCCCUGUCAGAGGCCUACGAGAAGAAGAACAAAGUCAAAAAGAUCAUCAAGUUAUUGGAUGGAAAGCGAUCUCAAACUGUGGGAAUCUUGAUAUCUAGUUUACAUCUAGAAAUGAAGGAUAUUCAACAGGCCAUAUUUAACGUGGAUGACUCCGUGGUUGACCUGGAGACCUUGGCGGCCUUAUAUGAAAAUCGAGCCCAGGAGGAUGAACUGACAAAAAUAAGAAAGUACUAUGAGACAUCCAAAGAAGAAGACUUGAAGCUUCUGGACAAACCUGAACAAUUUUUGCAUGAGUUAGCCCAGAUUCCCAAUUUUGCUGAACGUGCCCAGUGCAUAAUCUUCAGGGCUGUAUUCUCUGAGGGUAUAACAUCCUUACAUCGAAAAGUAGAGAUUGUCACACGGGCCUCAAAGGGCCUGUUGCACAUGAAGAGUGUGAAGGAUAUCUUAGCUCUCAUUCUGGCUUUUGGAAAUUAUAUGAAUGGAGGGAACAGGACGCGAGGGCAAGCAGAUGGAUAUAGCUUAGAAAUCCUGCCCAAACUCAAAGAUGUCAAGAGCCGGGACAAUGGGAUGAAUCUGGUGGACUAUGUUGUGAAGUACUACCUGCGGUACUAUGAUCAGGAAGCUGGAACAGACAAGAGUGUUUUCCCACUGCCUGAGCCACAGGAUUUCUUCCUGGCCUCCCAAGUCAAAUUUGAAGACCUUAUAAAGGAUUUGAGAAAACUGAAGCGUCAACUAGAAGCAAGUGAGCAACAGAUGAAGCUGGUGUGCAAGGAGUCCCCACGGGAGUAUCUGCAGCCUUUCAAGGACAAACUGGAGGAGUUCUUCAAGAAAGCCAAAAAAGAGCACAGGAUAGAAGAAAGUCACUUGGAGAAUGCACAGAAAAGUUUUGAAACAACGGUGGGAUAUUUUGGAAUGAAGCCAAAGACUGGAGAGAAGGAGGUCACCCCCAGCUAUGUGUUUAUGGUGUGGUUUGAGUUCUGCAGCGACUUCAAGACCAUUUGGAAGCGAGAGAGUAAGAACAUAUCUAAAGAAAGAUUGAAAAUGGCUCAGGCGUCCGUCAGCAAACUGACAUCAGAGAAGAAAGUGGAGACAAAGAAAAUCAAUCCCACUGCUAGUCUGAAAGAAAGACUGCGUCUGAAGGAAGCCAGUGUGGCCACCAACUAAGAUGAAAACUGAAGGAAUUUACAGUGUGAGAGGCAGCACCUCAACGCUCCUGCAGACACGAGUACCACGGAGAGUUCCUGAGAGAUCAGUUGAGGACAUUUGCUCAUCUCCUUCUGAGGUCAUCUACAGAGAAUGCCCUGUGCCUUCUUUGAGAAGUCUCUUGUCAGUCCACGGAAACAAUGCAAAGCUAUGUAUGGGAAUACUACAGGGAUAUUUAACUGUUUCCUACAGAAGUCCAAAG